AUGAAGCUGUUUCUCCUGCUUCUCGCCAUGUCUGUGGCGACGGAACUGGUGAUGUCAGGCAAAAAUCCUGUCCUUCAAUGCAUGGGUAACAGAGGUUUCUGUAGGUCUUCCUGCAAAAAGGAUGAGCAGCCCUACUUCUACUGCAGAACUUAUCAGACGUGCUGCCUCCAGCCCUACGUGAGGAUCAGCCUUACCAGUGACGAUGACAACACCGCCUGGUCUCAUGAGAAACAAUGGCCCAAAAUACCGUGA